AUGAGCGCAGUGUUGCUCCGGAGUCGACCGGAGACCACAGCGCUGAAGAGAGUUGGGUUAUUAACAGGUCGAUUAUAUUCAUCGAAACCAUCCGUUUCCUCUACUAGACUCUCGGCCGCCCGAGUGCUGGCUCCUCGUCGCAAUGGAGUGCCUCAAUGUCUCGCGUCACGCACCUUUUUCAACAGCCACCUGUCCGUCCGACACCAGUCAACGACAACGCCAGACACGCCGACUGAACCCCACCGGAAAUCGUCCGUGCUCAAUGCCGCCAUCAAAACGUUUACAUACUGUGGUUUUUUCAUCGUCAUGAGCGGUGCUGCCGUGGUGGCUUUCUUCGUCUACGAUGCGACGACGUACCGCGAACGUCCAAGUGCCGAAGACAUCCCGGUCUCUGAGCUGGCGUUGAAUCCCCGACGGGGAGGGCCCAAGAACUUGCCGAUCGCUGAGGUGUUGGUGGGAGAUUAUGAUACGGAGGAAAUGGCAGACCAAAAUGAGAAACCGCGGCUGGUGAUUUUGGGUACUGGCUGGGGUAGCAUUGCGCUUCUGAAGCAGCUUCACCCGGGUGAUUACCACGUCACGGUUGUUUCGCCCACCAAUUACUUCCUGUUUACGCCUAUGCUGCCCUCUGCGACCGUCGGCACUCUGGGGUUGAGGUCGCUUGUUGAGCCCGUGCGACGCAUCAUCCAGCGGGUCCGCGGCCACUUCUUGAAGGGAGAGGCAAUCGAUGUUGAUUUCUCGGAGAAAUUGGUGGAGGUGUCUCGGGAAGAUGCCAAUGGGCAGAAAAAGAGCUUCUAUCUUCCUUACGACAAGCUGGUUAUCGGUGUCGGAUGCAUAACGAACCCCCAUGGCGUCAAGGGUCUCGAGCAUUGCCAUUUCUUGAAGACCAUCGACGAUGCCCGCCAGAUCAAGAACCAGGUGUUGGAGAACAUGGAGCUGGCUUGUCUGCCUACGACCACGGACGAGGAGCGUAAGCGGCUGCUAUCAUUUGUCGUCUGUGGUGGAGGUCCGACAGGUGUGGAAUUCGCGGCCGAGUUGUAUGACCUGCUCAACGAGGAUCUGCUUCACUCCUUCCCCAGAAUCCUGAGAAACGAAAUCUCCGUCCACAUCAUUCAAAGCCGAACCCAUAUCCUGAACACUUACGAUGAAGCCUUAUCCAAAUUUGCCGAAGCCCGUUUUGCUCGAGACUCUGUCGAUGUCCUGACGAAUUCCCGUGUUAAGGAAGUCCGCGACGACAAGGUCGUCUUCACUCAAGUGGAGGAUGGAAAAACAGUCACGAAGGAGAUUCCUAUGGGCUUUUGCUUGUGGUCCACGGGUGUCUCUCGGGCCGAUCUUUGCCAGAAGCUUUCCGACAAGCUUGACUCGCAAAACAACAAGCAUGCUCUCGAGACGGACGCCCAUCUCCGCCUAAUCGGGGCCCCUCUGGGUGAUGUGUAUGCCGUUGGCGAUUGCUCUACCGUACAGAACAACAUUGCAGACCAUAUCGUCUCCUUCCUCCGCACCAUCGCGUGGGAGAGAGGCAAGGACCCCGAAAAGCUGCACCUCACGUUCCGGGAAUGGCAAGACGUGGCCACUCGCGUGAAGAAGCGUUUCCCCCAGGCCUCCAACCACCUUCGUCGGCUUGACAAGUUGUUCGAGCAGUAUGACAAAGAUCACUCCGGCACCCUCGACUUCGGCGAGCUCUCCGAACUCCUUCAUCAAAUCGACACCAAACUGACCUCUUUGCCUGCCACCGCCCAGCGCGCCAACCAGCAAGGCGAGUAUCUGGGUCGCAAGCUGGCCAAGAUGGCCGCUGCUCUGCCCGGCAUGAGGAUCAACGAGAUCGACCACGGCGAUCUGGACGAGGCCGUGUACAAGGCCUUCCGGUACCGCCACCUGGGCAGUCUGGCGUACAUCAGUAACGCCGCCGUUUUCGAUUUCGGCGGCCUCAACUUCAGCGGUGGCGUCCUGGCCAUGUAUCUCUGGCGUAGCGUGUACUUUGCCCAGAGUGUCAGUCUUCGCACCCGGGUGAUGCUUGCCAUGGACUGGGCCAAGCGGUCGCUCUUCGGAAGAGACCUCAUGAGCUUCUAA